CACAUCGAUCAAUACAUGCAGCUUCGACCAUGUAGUACCAUCAAUAUAAACGUACGCGCUUAAUCUGCCAACACCAUUCUAUUAGGCCUAUUAACAUAUUAUCGCCAUCGUACACUAUUGGAUCAUUUCAUUAAUAAUUCACAGGGAGUCAGUAGUUUGACGUUUAUCUGACCAAAGAUGUGCUUUACCUCAAACCAGAGCAAGGUGAGCUUCAGGGACGUGAACGCACUGGAUUAUGCUGCUUUUACACAGAAGAGGUUACCAGAAGGAAGGAGCUAUCAUAAGAGCAGUGCCAGAGCAGAGAGGAGGAAUAUGUGUCUAGUUCACGAGGAAUAUUGCCUAUAACUCGGGAUUCAGGGAUUCUGUGCAUUCAGGAGUCGAGCCAAUUGCGUAAAUAGGAAUUUUUACCAUGGAGCUGCGACGAAAUUUACACAAUAAGUUUUAUCUCUACACGUAUUACUUAGUUUUAAUUUCUUUGAAUGCCUUACAUAUCUAUGCAUACACGAACGCGGGAGAAGCCUUGCCGGAGGAUAAAAUCAAGACGACGAUUGAAACAAACGCGCAACCAUGCAUGUUGAAGUUUGACCCGCCAAACCGGUCUCCCACACAAGUGAACGACUAUGCUCAUAUUUGCUUCAACGUGACAUGCAAUGAGGACGUCGAGAGGCCAAAAGACAACAACACAUACUUCCGUUUCACAAUCACAACCGAAAACAUCGCCAAAGCUAUACCUAAACACUUAGAUGAUCACAGGCGAUGCGAUCUUCCACACGUGAAUUGUGAGAGUAUAGCCUUGUGGUCAACAGACGAGGAACAAAUGCAACACUUCCGCAUUGAAGCCCUCCACGUGGGGAGAUUACAAAUAUUUUUCAGAAUGGAUUUAGUCAAAUUGAAACCUGAAGGAGAGGAGAUCGAAGAACCCGAACCUACAGCGAACAUGACAACAAAAGACCGUGAUGUACAACUAAUAGCUGAAUUGGAUUAUAUCCUCAUUGCCAGACGAAAGCGACGGAUGGUGGACAUAGCGUUCGAAGUUAUGAUUGCAGGAUUAGCCAUGAUUAAUAGCUUUGGCGUCGGUUGCAUGUGCAACAAAGAAUCUCUCCAAAUGUAUUCCAAAAAACCCAUGGCCCUCGCGGCGACACUUGUCUGUCAACUCAUCUUUAUGCCUAUAGUUGCCUAUGCAUUAGCCAUGCCACUGAAGCUGAGUCCAGAACUCGCCCUUAGCCUGAUAUUAAUGGCAUGCAUCCCCGGUGGGGGCAUGGGACACAUCCACACCCUCAUGCUGAGUGGAGAACAAAAUCUUUCUCGGGCAGCAAACGUAUUUUCUGCUGUAAUAUCACUGGGCACUGCUCCCCUGUGGAUUUACGCCACCAGCCAGUACCUCAUACCAAAUGGCCCGGAGAUUUUAUUCCUCCCACUAGGAAAACUUGAGAUUUGGCUCGCCACCGUGGUUGGCCCCCUACUCAUCGGAGCCGUCAUCUGUUACUUUAGAGAGUCUUCCGCAGAAGCACUACUGAAUUGGAUUAUCAAACCCUUACUGCUGCUCGCUAGCAUCCUGUUUGGCACUCUGGGCAUUCACAUCAACAUGUACAUGUUUAACGUCAUUGACGUCAGCGCGGCUCUAGCGUCAUUCCUGCUUCCGUUGAGUGGGUUCGUACUCGGCGGCCUGGCUGGUAUCAUCACUGUCCAAGGCACUGCGACAACAAAAGCAAUGGCAGGCGAGGCAUGUUGCACAAACUGUAUGAUCUGCGUGGUGAUCUUGCGCUUUGCGGUACCUCAACCUGACGCUGACAUUGCAUCAGUUCUGCCUAUCUGGGGCAUCUUUCUAACACCGAUCCCAUCCUUCAUUUUGUUCCUCCUUUACAAAGUGUACAGGACUGCUACCGACGCCAUUCAGCAGCGAAAGGAGAAGGUCGGGGACUUUAGUAUAGCUUCAAGUCUUGCCCAAGUCACACAGGUCUCUGCUCUAUCAACUCCUUUCUUGGUCGAAGACGGUGAUAGCGACGAAGAAGAAGGACAUGCUUUCCGUGACCACGACGAAAAAGUCACCGUGCUCUAGUAGUCACAACAAGAUUACUCCUGGUAUUACUUCUCAGUCUCGCAGUGCGUUGAUACACUGCUGGCAGCAUGACACGCAUGCCACAGUGUGAGUUACCAUGGCAAUUAGAUUUUCUUCGCUCUUGCUAUGGAUAAAGGAGGUUGGAAAGCAUCAAGUCUGUGAUCCAUUGAGCAUCGCCUAGGCUCCUCAGAAAAGGUGCCAAUGAGGUUUUCAUAUGCAAAUAACAGUAUUGAGGUGGCGCUUUGAGAUUUACGUCUCCGCAUCUUGACGUCUUUGUGGACACCUGAAUGUGAUAACUAAAAGAGCAUAUGGGAUUACAGGAUGAGAGUCAGAAAGGAUAAAGGAAGGAUAAACUUGGAAGUCUCACGAGAGAAUCAGUGAAGAUUUCUGAAUACGAAAAAAGUGACCUUUCCUUUUUAUUACACUGUAUUACAUAGACGUAUGAAGUGGAUAUCUACACAUUUUAUAGCCAUUUUUCAUCUGUGUUGUCAAGCAUUGAAAAAUGUGAGUUUUUCACCAUUCAAAAGGUUGUUUAUGUGUGCAUUUUAUUACUGUCCGCAAACCAGAAUGUUUCGAAUGACCAAAACGGAUCAUUAUGAAAGUAUAUGACCAGUUGCAUCAACUUCGUAUGCGGAUUAGUAUGAAUACUGUGACCUGCAUGUCUGACAUUUACAUGUGGAAAGCAGACAACAAAAAGCUCAAAGUCGCAUGGAAAAACUGAGAAAACACCAAGAUAGCUGUGGAUUAUUUCACUGUACAUGUAUAUUAUAUAUCUAUCGGAGUUUGUGCACAGAGAACCUGAAUUGGCCACCAAGUUCUUAACAUUUCCCAGGUCUGGGGAUUGUAGUUUAAAGGGACAACUUGGGCAUGCGAUAUGUAGGGUUUUCAUAUUCAUAAUGGCUUCCAGCAGUACCGUCAUUUCUCUUAAAACAGGUUCAUUGAAAAAUUAAUAAACAGUGCACAAGAACAAAGUGUGACCGUAGGCCCAUCGGCACCAUAUCCAAAGAAGCACUUGCGAGGAUCAUUAAAUGUGCCCAAGUUGUCCCUUUAAGGAUUGUAAAUGUACAGGCAAGUUCAAAGGAGUUUAGAGGGAUCAAAAGCAGACCCCAAAAGGUAUUAAAGGGAGACUAUAUACAGGAGCAAGGUGGGCGAAUAUUUGUAUAUAUGCCUACACAACAGCCUAUUUGAAAUUUAUAUACAGUACGAAGGUACAAAAUUGGAAAUUUUCUAACUCAAAUUCAAUUUUCAAAUUAAAAAAAAACAGAGUUGGCCUUUGACAUCUUACUGGACUUCCACACUACUCAUAUAAACCAGGGCUAUUUCUAUCACAAGUAAACGAAAACCCAGGUCCCAAAGGUGCAUAUUAUAGUUAUCUGGAAACGUCCAACUCGACCCCCUUGCUCUUGACUAUCGUCCUCCUUCAUAGGAUAGCUGCAGGAUUUCAUAGAGACUGUCCGUGUGAUAUCUGUAAUUUUGAUACAGAAAACUAGAAUUAAGCAUAAUACUCAAGGAUGAAAGAGAAAAAAAAUGUGUGUGCCUCAGUUUUGUUGUUUAUUUGAUGAGGCAGUGGCGUGAAUGUAAAAUUAUGACUAAAAUGCUUUUUUUCUCAAUGUUAGAUUCGGUGUCAAACAGACAAAAGUAUAUACAGUGUACCCAUAUUUUGACAUCCACAUGUCAUUCAAAAAGUUAAUUGUUGAUGAACUUGUUAGAAUUAUCACUGUGCCCCCUCAAAACAACCCCCCCCCCUCAUGGCAUAUUAGGUGUAAGGGACAUGAAUGGCCCAGUAUGGACUAGUUCCUCCAAAUCGAUUUAUUCAUUUGUCGAUGCUGAAACUUCGUCAAAGCUUUGGCCGACUUCAGUCCUCAUCCCUGUAUGCUUAGUCAUUGUCAGUGACUGGAUUUUAUACCAAGAUGACCAAUCAAUUCUUAGCCAGAAGGUUGAUAUGUUGAUCAAGCAAACUGAUGGGUACAGAAUGGAAUGAUUUUCAUUUUGUUUAUGCAAAUCUGUAGCAAUAACCUAUGAAAUUUGUAAAACCACAAGAAAGGUCACAGGUCAAGGGGAAGGGGUGGUACUGUCGACAUUCCACUUUAUGAAUGGCUGAGCCUGAUCCAAAAGGCUAUUUCAUCUGAAGACAGACCUCCUCUAUAGGGUGUCCAACGAAUAAUGACAGUGAUUUUUUUUUAAUUGAAAGAGCAUCAUGAAAAACGUACCAUUCUCCCGAGCCAAAAAAGCCAUUUUUAUGGGGUUAAGGGGGCAGCUUGUAGAACUGGUGACAAGAACAUCUGAAGCCAAAACUAUCAUCCAGGGAAAACAUGAACAGAAGACCCAUAAAAUAUUUUAGAAUUAGAAACGAUUAUGUGUUAUUUUGCAAGCAAAUGAUUGAUUGCUCUUGGUAGAAGAAUAUAUGAUAUGUAUUGUUAAGUUGAGAGAAAUUAGAUUAGCUUGAUGAAGCGUGUUGGAAGGGCAAAUUAUUCCUGUAUAGGUUUCAUCCAAAAUAUAAAGAAAUCUUUAAUAACGCUCACAUUUCUCAGAUUUCUGUUGGAUUUUCAUGAAAAAUGAAUCUUUGCAUCCAGUCGAUCAUCCAAAACUUCAACCGAACCACCAACGUCAACUUCCACAGAAAAGGCCUCAUGGGCCAAGUUUAUUAUUGCUAGCCAUGGCCUGUCAUCAAUGACGUCAAUUCGAAUCUAUCAUUGGUGUUUCGGUUGCUUCAUACAAAAAUUUUGAAAUUGAAACUGUAGAAAUGAGAGGAUAUUAAAAAUUUCUGAUCAUGAAUUGAAUAUAAAAUCAAUCGCUAUCUUAUCGAAGCAAAGUUUGUAUAGGUUAGUUUUUAAUAUAACCUGUCACACUGUCAAUGUCUGUCCUGUCUCUCCCACUGUAGUGUAUUCAGCUUCUUUAAAAAUGAUAAUAUAGAGUUUCGUAGGCUAUAUUCUCAAAAUUAUUUUUAGACACGACAUCCAACUGUCUAUAGAUUAUUGGAAGGAGAGCACCUAUUUGGAUCUAUAAGAUUCAGAUAUAGUUUUGUCGAGCGACAUAUUAUGCUACAGUUUUGUUUUAUACAGGAUAAAUCUAUAUUCAGAAAUACCAGGGGGUCGAAUGGCUAUACACUGAGAUGUGAAGUACUUGAUAUAUGAAAAGCCUGAGAAAACCCAUCUUUAGAUGCAAAACAAAAAUAUCAAAUUGCAUAAUAUCUUCUUAAACACAGUGCAAUACAUGUUGUUAUGAGAGUUACAUUGCAUAGCACUCUACUUACAUUGUGUCCCAAAACAUUGAUCUGUUUAUGGUACCUCAUUCCCAGUGGCCUAUUCCCUUCAUUGCCAAUGCAUCAGAAGUCUCACAAUGAAAUAAUUUGGGACAAUCAAGAUACUGAAAUGAUCUCUUACAUGUACUGUGUAAAGUAAUGUGUAUUUUUUUCUGAGGAAGGUGGCAGUUAUACUAGAUAUUCUUUUACAAAAAAAAUCUUGAUGUUACAGAAAUAUAGUUUCUCUUGAAAGGUAUUUCAAAAUAGACUGUGUUAUUUUAGAGAAAUGCAUGUCACACAAUGCGCUAUUUAAUUUUAAGAAAUGCUAUAAUUUUAGAGUAAAAUAGAGUAUCGUUUGGAAUGUUUUGAGACUAUCUAAAUGUGUCUAUAACUCUUAAACCUUUUUGGUUCACAGUACUGUAAAGCUAUAUAGUCUUAGGAGUAGGCGUAAAUAAGUCAAGUUAAAUCUUUGCCUAUUCUGGUCUCCACACUUCUGCAGAUGGUUUCUGAAGUUUUUCUUAGGAUGAUGAAUUUCAUUCUAUUUCUUCAAGAUUUGAAGUGAUAUCAUGAAAAUCUAAGUCAAAGUGAUAUCAUGAAAAUUGCAUGAGACAAGAAACUUUCCCAGUUUUACAGUACAUUGACGGUACAGUUAACACCGCCACCUAUACACUAUGUACAAUUAUUUUUGGAUUGAAAUAGUAAUACUAAUUGCUACAAACUUUGUUCAACUACAACCCAGAUAUUUUAAGAAAAAGUGUAAUUUAUGUCCAUAUACAUACAUGUAGCUGCACAACCAUAGUUGCUCAACCAUGACAACUUCAGCUAUUGCUUUCUUCCAAUGAAUAUUGCAAACCAUAUUGCACAUACAGUUAUGGUCUGAAGUAACAUCCUUUUCAGGCCUGACUAGUCCAGUCUUUACUAGUUUGUAUCAAAUCUUGGUGUCAUGCAGAGUACAGGUGAUGUGUAGAAAGCUUAGCCAAUCCUUUAAGGUGGUUUGAAUCUUGACAAAAUGCUUUAGCUACGGUUCUUCUUCACAAAAGUCGUAUAACUUGUAUAAGAAGGUGAAUGUUAUUCUAAAAACAAUACCGCUAAGUUUUUUUUCUCCAAAACCACAACGAUAAAUCGUAGCGAAAUGUUAUUGGAGCAUGGAAUGAUCACCUGUUUCCAAGAAAAGGGAAAACUCCAUGAUUAUGUGAAUAACGGUAGAAUAACAAUCAAUCAAAAGCAAGCAUGAUUAUUUGGAACCCAGCAUUUUAAGAUUAUGCAAACCCCAAUUAAAUUUUAUGCAAAUCAUUGUAAAUUUACAUUAUAUAUGUAAUUAUUGUAAAUGUAUGAGUACUGUAAAUAUUUUUUUCAAUCAAAGUCUUAGCUAUCUAAAUAUGUAUAUAAUGUAAAAUAGAGUUUUAAAAAUUUUGAGCAAUACCUUUAACCCGGUUGUGUUUUAAAAAAACAAGCGCUAUGAAUUUAAAGCUGAACUAUCUCUUGCCAAUACGUCGUUUACUGAGUGGAAUAAUAAAGUAAAAUCUUUUCUUUGAUGCCCUGAAACAUCAAGCAGUGCAACUGUGAUGCACGCACGGGCAAAGGCCCGGUGGGUUGGGAUGCGAAGUUGAAAAGGAAGAAAUUCGCAUGCUGAGGCGAAAAUAGAAUUUUUAGGCUACACACACUGGCAAUAAAGAGCUUACACUACAGAGCCAGGGAUUGCACCGGCCCACUAGGGUGGGUCAGGAUAUCAUUAGUGUACUAGGAUUCUUUCCCAGGGGCAUAAGAAUGAGAGUAUUUCCAGAAGAGGUCCACAUCAAAUGGCUUUAUAUAGUUCAGCUUUUAAUUAUGUAGCAUGGUACAUACAUUGUAAAAGUGUUGAUGAAGGUUUGUAACCAAAGUUAAGUGUCCCGACUGCACCUUCGACUUUAAAGGCAAAACAAGUGAUGUUUCCAAUGGAAAGAUUGGUGCAAAUUCUCCAAUUAGACCCAUUGUUGUAAGAUGCAGAGACACAUCAUAAAGUUGUUCUCAAUUGUAACACUUGAUACAAGUUUUUGCUCCUGCUACAAAUUGAGUCGGAUGUAAAAAAACCAACAAUUUUGCAAGACAGGAAGCGAAGUCCCUGCUACAAUGCAGACAGUGCGUAAUUCAAACUGAAUUGAAAAUGUUUUCAUACCCCAUUUUGAUGGUUUUGACCAUGCCUUCAUCUUGCUAUUGCUUACCCAGGAAAAAACAAAUUGAACAGGGGUUGGAGAACUAUGUAUUACAUAGCACCAACAGCUCAAUAGAGGUAUUAGAAAUAUAAGAUAAAAGUAUAAAUAUAGCACAUUUUCUUCUAAAAUAUCGUAUGAUAGUUCAAUUCAUCAUGCCAAUGAAUCAGCAUUGGAUCAUCAGUCGAAAAAAGUCUCACCAAUCACUUAUGGUGGAAAAUCUGUUGAAAUCUCUCGGUCUUACGGUUACAAAAUGUGCACCAUGUUGACGGAUGGACAGACUCUUGAUCUAAAUCAGACAUCAAGUUGAAAUCCCUUGGUCUUACGGUUACAGAACAUGCACCAUGUUGACGGACGGACAGACUCUUGAUCUAAAUUAGACAUCAAGUUGAAAUCUCUUGGUCUUACGGUUACAAAAUGUGAAACUUGUUGACGGAUGGACAGACUCUUGAUCUAAAUUAGACAUCAAGUUGAAAUCCCACGGUCUUACAGUUACAAAACAUUCACCAUGUUGACGGAUGGACAGACUCUUGAUCUAAAUCAGACAUCAAGCUGAAAUCCCUCGCGGUCUUACGGUUACAGAACUUGCACCCAUGUUGACGGAUGGACAGACUCUUGAUCCAAAUCAGACAUCAAGUUGAUAUCUCUAGGUCCUACAGUUACAAAACAUGCACCAUGUUGACGGAUGGACAGACUCUUGAUCUAAAUCAGACAUCAAGUUGAAAUCCCUCGGUCUAACGGUUACAAAACUUGCACCACGUUGACGGAUGGACAGACUCUUGAUCUAAAUCAGACAUCAAGUUGAAAUCCCUCGGUCUAACGGUUACAGAACUUGCACCCAUGUUGACGGAUGGAGGGACACCAUUCUGAAUAGUUAUUUUACCAGCUCUGCUGACUUUCGUCAGCUGAGCAAAAAGAGACAUACACACAACGUAUUCAGAGUUCAGCAUUAAUUUUUUUUUGACCUGAAAUUUAAUUUUCGAGGAUAUCAUAUGUAAAAACAUUUUCCCAGACAUGGGGGGACAAUUUGGCCGUUCUGAUGGCCGAUCAUGUGGAUCAUAACAACGGUGAACGAGGAGACUUAAGAACUGAUGAACAACACUGAUAAUUCGGCAUGCAAUUUAUAGGUCAAUGUCGUUGUUUAUUGUCAGCCAGUUUAGGAAAUAAAUUUGUUUGAUAUAAGCUCAUUUAGAUUGAAAACACCCCGUCACUGGGAUGUCAACCAGACUUCAAGCAACACUAAGUUUGUAGGACAUCAUUUGAUCAUAUUUCAAAUGAUUUGGUCAGUCUUUUAAAACACAGCAUGCACGAUAGCACUUUUCAAAAAGCGAGUGAUGGACAAGGUUCUGGAUGAUUCAAAUGAAAUCGUUUGAUGCUUCUUUGAAUUGAAAAAUUGUAGUUUUAUCAAAGUGUGAUGUGAUGGUCACAUCCUCCCAUAGCGGGCCCUUUGAUUGUUUCUAAAUCCCACAAAGUGUAUUUGAGGAAAAGAUACAAGGUUCUUCUGUGUGGGAGGAUAGAUGGCCAUUGACAUUUUCAACUGAAGAACACAUUUUUAUCAGUCAACUGCUCGGCAAUUAGGAUAUACCUCCCGACUUCAAACUGGGAGAGGACUUACUGCGAGGCCAUCUGGUGAAAAAUGAAAUCACCCGAUAAAGCUACCACGAGUCGGUUUACAACAAAAAAUGAAAACUUUAGUGAUACCACUGAUUUGGAUGUUUCCAGUGACAAACGUCAGAUACAAAACAAACAUUUUAUUCUGUGAUUGUUCAAAAUUAAUUCAGUAUUUAAACUCGAUCACCAAAAAUGUUAACCUGUAAACUAAGAUUUGAACACGACAAUCGUAUGUAAAAGUAAAUUGUGUCACUAUCCCUGAAUUUAAAAUAUAUCAUCCUCGCUACGUCAAAAAGCAACCACGCCUAACCCGUCUGCCAAAUUUUUGCCAUAGUUAGUACAUUGAUGUUACUUUGAAGAACCAGUCAAUUUUUUUCUCAAUGGCCUGUUCAUUACCUAUGUAAAUAGGCACCAUGUAGGGAUUUUUAUUGAUGCAAUACAUUUUCUUUCUUACCAAGUGACAAUGUGUACCAUGCAAUUGCAUUUUACCAUUUCUCGAUAAUUGAUUUUUAUCAAGGAGUUAAAAAGUAAUAAACUCUUCAUGAAAA